AUGGAAUAUUUUGGAGAAAUAGACCUUAAUUAUUCUAAAAUAGGUAUAGGAACUUUAAAGUCUGAAUUUUAUUAAUUUAAUGGUUUUUUUGAUAAAAAUUUUCCAGAAGGAUAUGGCAAAGAAAUUUGUAAUAAAAUAAUUUAUGAAGGAAAUUUUAAAUAGGGUCUUUAUGAUGGAUAUGGAAUUUUAAGUUUUCCAAACGGAAGAGUUUACAAAGGCUUUUUUAAUAAACAUAUGUUUCAUGGAUAAGGGGAAUUAAUAGGCGAUGAAGGUAAUAAAUAUGAAGGAAUUUGGAAUUAAGGAAUACUUUUGGAAGGAAAAAUAGUUUAUGUAGAUGGCUCUUUUUAUAAAGGAACCAUUAAAAAUAAUUUCCUUAAAAAUGGUAUUGGAAGUAAAUUUUAUUAUCGAGAAUAAGGUGUUUAUAUAGGGAAUUUUUUGAAUAAUUUAAGACAUGGAGAAGGUACUUUUUUAUAUGAUAAUGGGUCUAAAUUUGAAGGAAAAUGGGAAAAUAAUGAAUUUAAAUAAGGAAAUUAUCACUUAAAAAUAGAAAAUGAGGAAUAUUUUUUAAAUAGUGGGUUUUGGAUUAAUAAAAUUAAAAAAGGAAUAGAACAAAGAUAUUUUUUUUAAGAAAAAGGAUUAUAUAAAGGUGAAUUUUUAAAUGGAAAAAUGAAUGGAUUUGGAAUUUUUAAAUAUGCUAAUGGUAAUGUCUAUGAAGGUUAAUGGAAAGAUAAUUUAUUUUAAGGUGACGGAAUUUUUUAUUUUAAACCUUAAGAUUAAUUUAGAAAAGGAGAUGUUUAUAAUGGAUAAUUUUAGAAAGGAAAAUUUUAAGGAUUUGGUUGUUAUUUAAAUAAUAAAUAAAAUAAAUAUUUUAUAGGUAAAAAUUAUAAAUUAUAAAUUUAUUUUUUAUUUUAUUUAAUAUGCAGGUUUUUGGGAAAAUGA